AUGUUGAAUGUUGGCACGAAUUUAGGUAUAUUACGUUUAUUUUCCCCUAAUCUUCAAUAUCAAUCAUUUUCUUCUUCUCUUUUUCUCCUGCUUCCAACGACCUUAAGGGUGGCACCUCCACCCAAUGAAUCGGAUAAACAGGUGGAUGCUCCUGUAUAUGCAGUAGGGACUAAUGUAAAACCAGCAGAAAUAGCUAGACAAGAUAGACAAAAAUAUGAUGAUGAAUUGAAAAAUGUGAAGAGAACAUUGAAUCCCACAAAAGUUUUGCUUCUUGUGGAUACGAUGACAGGGCAAGAAGCUGCAGAUGGGGAUUCAAGAGGUGGAGCAGCUCCGAGUGUUAAAGAGGUGUCAGAAAAUCCAAUUAAGCUUGUGGGACGUGGAGAGAGGAUGGAGGAUCUUGAACCCUUUUAUCCAGAUCGAAUGGCAGAAAGGAUCUUAGGCAUGGGAGAUGUUCUCUCAUUUGUGGAGAAAGCACAAGAAGUUAUGAAACAAGAAGUUGCUGAAGAUUUGCAGAAGAAGAUCAUGAGUGCAAAAUUUGACUUCAAUGACUUCUUGAAGCAAACUCGAGUUGUUGCAAGGAUGGGUUCCAUGUCUCGUGUUUUUGGAAUGAUUCCUGGAAUGGGAAAGCCUGAACUACUUGCAGAAUCCCCUGCUAGAAGAAAGAGAAUUGCUCAAGAAUCUGGAAAGAUCGAGCAGCAGUAUUCAAAGUUGUAUGGUGGUCACUCAUGA